AUGCCUCCGUACGGCGGGAAGCCCCCUGGGAAGGGGCGAAACAGGGGCAGUGGUAUUGGCUCCGCCGUCCUCCAUCAGUGCCUUCGUAAACAGGCGGAGAGAACACAGAGCCAUCUUGCUUUUGUCCAGUCUUUAAAGGAUGAAAGGGAUAGUAUUAGAGCAUCUCUCUCACCUUCACCCGCCGGGGUAGCUCUUGGAGGCACCAUUUCCCGUCACCGUACCCUAGAGUUCCUUUCAGGUGCGCUGGGUAUUGCAAAUCCGGCCAAAGGAAGCGCCCAGUCGAAGCAUUCAGAGCAACAUUUGCGUUCUAUCAUAGAACGCAGCGGUCUGGACGAGUACAUUAGCACCGCCCUUGCGGCGCAGGAUAACUUUCUAGUCGACAGGUACGCGACGCGUCUUCUGCAGGAGCCAACGGCCCCUCAUGUAGUUCCAAAAAACGUGGACGAAGAUGCCGGCAGAAGGAAAGAUUUCUUCACAGAGGGUGGCGACGUGCCCAUUCCUCGGCGGGCUGUCCUGUUUUCACGCGAAAUGGCUGAUGCCUGCAAGAAAGCAGACAGCCAAGACCGCCCAAGAGGUGUCAGCCACGCGACAAGGAACCGCAGGCGAAGAAACAGGGCACGAGUCAACCUUCUUUUAGGAGGGAAGGUAGAAGAAGCUACGAUUUAUAACGUGCAGUUCGUACGACAGCAACGGGAUGAACUGCAUCGUCGGUUUCAAAAGGCAAAGGAUGCCAAGACCAAUAAACGGCCUGGUCGACAGGCAAAGCCUGCAGCUGCGCGUGGUCGGGAGCUUGGAGCUGGGGAUGCAGUCGCAGAUUUAGAGGAUAAGUGGGGGUCCGAUACCACAGAGACAGUAAAUGAAGUGGAGGGGGAAGAAUCCAACGAAGAAAUUUUUAGUGAUUCAGAAGCCGGUGGCGACACAGACGACGCAUCCAGUGCUGUGUCUUCUUCCGUUAGCAGCUCUAUGACAGCUGAAGACGGUGACACUGCCUCAUCUCCUCCGCCGUCUCAUAGCGAAGCACCUCAAUUCCCGAAGACAGCUGCAGAAUUGGAUGAAGUCGAAAUGGACGAGUUUCUGCGGUGGAGACGGAAGCUUGCGAGCAUGGAAGAACAAGGUGUUGUCUUAACUCCCUACGAAAGAAACAUUGAGGUGUGGAGGCAGCUGUGGCGAGUCAUUGAACGUUCAGAUAUAGUCCUGCAAAUCGUUGACGGGAGGUCUCCAAUGUUCUUCCGUUGCAAAGAUCUCGAAAAGUAUAUCAAGGAAGUAUCUGCUGAAAAACGAGUUAUUUUGGUCAUUAACAAGUCAGAUCUAUUGCCACCAGCUGUACGGGAGGAAUGGUCCCAGUACUUCAAAGAAAAUGGGGUGGAGGCAGUUUUCUUUUCAGCACUUCGUGAACUCGAGCAGUCUGAAAAAGCGGCUGAGGAGGGACCUCCAGACAGUUCUCCCAGCCAUAAAGAAGUGGAUAUUCACCUGAAGAGGGACGACGCCAAUUUAUUGCAACAGACAGAUGGUACGACGCCCGAGCUGCCGUCUGUGCCACACGACCCACAUGGCAAAACAUCUGUAAGUGUCCACAAGGAUAUUCUUAGCUGCGAUUUGUUGGUGGAACUUCUGUCGAAAUAUCGAGAGGAAAUCUUCUCGAAAAGACGCCUAUCGGAUGGCCUCGUGUUUCCAAAAGCAGUGGCAUCUAAGCACAUUCUUGUGCUGAAUGGAGUUGUUCCCGUAGACGAGAUGCGUGGGGAUUACAUCACGUCUGUGCAGCUGAUAUGCGACGCGAUUCCUUACACUGUAAUUCGGCACUAUGGGAUAACAGCAGACGCCUACCGAGAUGCCUACAACAGUUCUCAGUAUGGUGCAGGAAACGCCGGCCAUCGAAAGGUGAAUGCUGCUGCGAGGCCUCUUGAGCACAUCGAGGCUGUGCACGUUAUGGCGGCAAUAGCCACUCAUCGUCACUUUAUUUCGGGAGGUAAAGGAGGGCAAUUGGAUAUGUAUCGCACGGCGAAGAUGAUUUUGAGAGAUUUCACGACGGGCCGUCUCCAGAGGUGCCAUUUGCCCAAGGGGAGUGUUUACGGCGAAGACGAGGAGACUGCCAAUAUUAAUAAAUUUCUGUCGGAAGUUAGCAGCUCCGUAGAGACGCGGAUCGCACAGGCAGACACUUCAAGGGUAGCCCCACAAUUAGCUGGAACAUCUAGCGGUAGUAGUAAGCCCGGGGGCGAUGUAAAGCAGCAUCUCCAAAUGAACCCGACGGAUGUUUUGCGAGAGCUCGAACAGGAUGAAGACCUGCUGGAGGUACUUGGGAGUGGAGGGAAUUCUCAGGCCGUUGGAGGUAAUGUCCAGUGUGUAAUGACGAAGCGGAAGGCUCGUCAACUACAAAAACAAAUGUUGAAGGGAAAGGGGAAAAACGGCCUAGGGGGGAUUGCCCACCAACGUUGA